AUGUCCCAGUUUUUUCAACAGCCGCCUAACCAACCAUACGGCGCCUCGGCGCAAAACCUUCAAUUCUACCCUUCAUCAUACACAUCCCCUUCGGUUCCCGACCACGCGACACCUCAGCAAGCAGCAUAUGGAUAUGGGGCGCCAGCGGUAAGCCCGGCCUAUCCAGGGUCUGGGGGGUUUAACUCGGGAUUUGGAGCUCCGCCUGGGCUCAGUGGACGGAUGGGCGAGCAGGGAGGAUUGCGAACGGGAUGGUUGGCUGCUUUUGGCACCGAGGGGUAUGAUGGGGAACCGCCGCUGCUGGAGGAGUUGGGUGUUAAUUUUGGGCAUAUCCAAGCCAAAACAUUAGCGGUGCUCAAUCCCCUGGCGCGAAUAGACCAACACAUAAUGGACGAUUCCGACCUCGCAGGCCCCGUCCUCUUCUUCCUUCUCUUUGGAACCUUUCUUUUAUUAUCGGGCAAAGUCCACUUUGGAUAUAUCUACGGUCUGGCCCUCCUGGGCACCGCCGCGCUCCACUGGAUCCUCGCUCUCAUGUCUCCCGCGCCCUCCUCCGACCCCUCUUCCUCCUCAGCAAUCCACGACCACCAUUCACCCAACUCCGCUUCCCCGAGUCUAUCCUCGACUCUGACAUUCCCGCGCAGCGCGUCCGUCCUCGGCUACUGCCUCUUACCCCUGGUCCUGACGAGUCUGGUGGGGAUUGUGGUGCCGAUGGAUGGAAUGCUGGGCUAUGUGUUGACGAGUCUCGCCAUCAUUUGGUGUACGUACAGUAGUUCGGGCAUGUUUUGUGCGGUGGGGAGGAUGAGGGCCAUGAGGGGCCUGGUGGCCUAUCCAUUGGCUUUGUUCUAUGGUUGUUUUGGACUUAUGGAGAUCUUCUCUAGCAGGGGUGCUUAA